CCGGUGCCCCUAGUCUUGCCUGGCCGGUCAGGGCCGGUCGUGCCAGGACGUGCCCCCCUCCCCCCGCUACCCCCAUGACGUGCACUAGCGCCUUCACGGCCAAGUGGCUGACCUCUAGCACCAGACCAGGGAACUGUUGCCAAUGGACUCUGGCAAGCACUGUGGCUGGAUAGCUGGAAAGGGGGAAGGCGCCGGGGAUAAGUGUCCCGCUUGACCGGCCCCUUCCGCCUCGCCUCCAUCCCGCCAGUCAAAGUGAGCUGACCUUGAUUCCGCCGGGCAAGUUGCAGCGAAGAUACACACAGCAAGCCCGAGCUCGAACACACAUUUAUAUGUACGUGAUGCAACUUCUUCCAUAGCUUCAAACGAAGCCAGCAACAGAAUGGCAUCCCCCUCGCCUACUAGCGUAGCAGACUUUUUCCUAAAUACCACAGCCGAUGACGUAUUGAAUGCAAUUGGCAAAAUUGAUUACCACAAAGGGCAGGACGAGUCCUCCCUCAGCUUCGUCACAAGGAACACAUGGGCUGUCGCGUUAAUUGGCAUGAUGGUCAUCCUGUUCGGCUUCCUGCUGUGCGCAGCAGCCAUCAUCUGCCAAUGCUGCUGCGACCGCAAGGGACUGUGCCGCGGCAAGUGCGGAUGCUGCCGCUGCUGCAACUGCUGCAAGGCGGACGACGUCCCGGAGGGAAAGAAAGCACCAAGCGCCACAGACGGGGCGGUCCCUCCCGCGGGGCAAUUCAUGACGGCAUAGCCCGCAACUGCAGCAGCGGGGCCAACUCGAACACAAUAAGGGUUUCACGCCGGGGGUAUUUACCUACCGUAAGACAGGCAGCUGAACAGCUGUCUGGGGUCUUGGGGUCCGUGUGACGUACCGGUGGUCCAUAUCAAUGAUUGUUUCUGUAUAAACGCAUAUGGCUUGGUGGGUUUGGAACGGCCGACCGCCGCUGUCAGUGUGCACGUGCCUUGACUGCCCUGACAAGUUCAUGCGGAGUAGCAACAGAAGGCUUUGCGGGGUUUGUCUCCCUGGUUUGGUGAUUAACGAUAGUCGUAUGGAAGUUUGGUGAGCCGUGCACAAGGGAGACAUGAACCGUGCCGCGAUGGCCACUUAUUGGGGCGAACGUGAAAGCUCUGGAUGCCCCCGGUCGGCUGGACAGUGGCAUUCCGCUGACGAGGAUGGGCUGUCCAGUUUCAGGGCAUCGAGGGUGUGCAGUUGCCAUGCCAGGCCUUCGCCAAGGCAGGUGUGAACGUGCUAUGUUGCAGGUAGACGAGUAACGUGCCAGACAAGUGUAGUGGGCACGGAAGCGGGGCAUGUGCUAUACCGUGUGGGACAUUGUGACUGCGGAGGGCCAUUGUCCGGAUGGUUGUAAUCAAGUGCUGUGUUCUGUGGACCAGUCGACACUUGCCCUCGUGAUGGAACAUGGCAAGGGGCAGGAAAGCGUAGUUCCGAUGUGUGUGGCUCCCACCCGUGCCCACAUAAAUGCGUAGCAAGAAGGGACAAGGCAUUGGUGCGUCGUUCGCGCGCUGUUACUGUACCGACGGUAGCUGGCAGGUUGUGUCGAUGUUUUGCUGACGCGCAUUCCUCACGCUCCGGGCGCCCGGCCAAGGCGAUAGCACCACACAGACUCAAUGCGACGCCACACCGCGCGGAUAGCAUAGCCGAUGCGCACCUGCAGGCAGUCGACCGGCGUCCACGGAUGAGCUGUGUAGACGAGCACUAGCGUAAUGCAACGGCGUGCAGCAAAACAAUGGCCGGGCGACAGUGUGACAAACAGGGGCAAGAACAAGGCGAAGCAAAGCAGAAGAGGGGCCCGAAUGUGUACGACAAUUGUGGCGGGCAGGCCGAAUGCGGUGCAACACGCCAACAACACAACCGGAGGUGAGGAAGCGUUGCUGAUGGUGAGGAUAGGUGCUGCGACGUUCGGUAGGGGAGCUGUGGCCGCGCACUAGUUGGGAGGAAGUUUCCGAGGCGUUGUUUCCGAGGCAUUGUUUGUGGCUGAUGUUUGUGGCUGAUAAAGAAAGAAGCAGAGUUUCGGCUGUGAGCGGCUGGCGAGGAGAGGCGGGGGCUGUUGCAUUUUGGAAGGCGGGCGGAAGGCCGCACACGCCGGGAGUCGGGCAGGCUGUAGAUUUUGCUGAAGCUGCGUUUGAGAAGGGAGCCGAAGGGACAGCUGGGGUGGGACAGUUGGUGUGGGACAGUUGGUGUGGGACAACUGGAAGGGACUACUGGAAGGGACAGCUGAGGAAUGGGAAUGAGAAGGCGUGGGUGGUCCGGUAUCGCGGGUCGAGCCGUUGUGGGCCGUCGCAUGAUUAGGGCAAGGUAGCGGAAUGGUCACGUGCACAGUGGUUGCACGGGCAAGGACCGGUUUCUCCG